CAAUACAUUUUUCUCUCUUCCUUAACCCCUAUUGGCUGAGUAACACCUUGUUGUCACGUUGCAGAAAUGGUUCUGUCAGUGGUGGUUUUCGACUUCGAUCGAACCAUUAUUGACGACGACAGUGACAGAUGGGUCAUCAACCAAAUGGGUCUCACCAACCUUUUCAACCAACUCCGAACCACCCUUCCUUGGACCUCUCUCAUGGACACAAUCAUGCAACAUCUCCACUCCAACGGAAUCACCAUCGAUAACAUCGCACAAUCUCUCAAAACCGCUUUCUUGCAUCCAAACAUCGUUUCCGCCAUCAAAUCUGCACAUUCUCUAGGAUGUGAUUUGAGGAUAAUUAGUGAUGCUAAUUUGUUCUAUAUUCAAACUAUUCUUGAACACCAUGAUAUUUUAGGGUGUUUUUCUCAGAUUAAUACAAACCCAACAUUUGUUGAUGAAAAGGGUUGUCUUCAUGUUACUCCUUUUCAUGAUUCAUUAUCAUUGCCUCCUCAUGAUUGUCACCUCUGCCCUCCCAAUAUGUGCAAGGGUUUGGUUAUAGACAGAAUCCGCGGUUCAUUAGCUGAAAGCGAAACAAGAUUCAUCUACGUCGGAGAUGGAACAGGUGAUUAUUGUCCUACUUUGAAGCUCGGGGAAAAUGAUUUUGUGAUGCCUAGGAAGAACUAUCCCUUAUGGAAAAGCAUUUGCAGUGAUCCAAAACCAGUUCAUGCAAAAGUUCAUGAUUGGAGCAAUGGGGAAGAGUUGGAGAACAUAUUACUCAACCUGGUCAAAAAAAUUAGUCACAUAGCUUAAAAGGUACUCAACCGCAUGAGUUACACCUCCUGCUGAUGAUAGCAAGGGGUGUAACUCAUGCGAAUUUAGAGGGUUUGGUUCUCUGGACAAGUUGGAUUCUCGCAGAAAUUACCUAUUCCUAUUCCCUUUCCAACAUAUAGAAGUUAUUGGAUGGAUCAAUGUUUGUGAAAAUCGAUCUAACUUGCAUUGGUUGACCGUUAUUCACAACUGGUUAGUGUUAUUUCUAAACAUCAGAAAGCAGAACUUUAACACCUAGAAAGAAGAAUGUUGAACAGCAUGAAGGAUUUAGUUUUCUCUUUGUACAACAACAAUGAUAACAACAUCUAUUAUUAUUAUUUAAACAUUUACAAAGAAAACUAUAUUUUUAA